AUGAAUAAUAAAUCAAAGGGAUGCUGCUCGUGCUUUAAAGCAAUGUUCGGCGGCCAGUCAAAGCCGUAAUUCCAAUACAGUGCUCAAAGCAAUAAACCCGAAGAGAACAAUAAAAAAAGUGUUCCAAUAGAAAAACCAACUGAAGUUUCAAAAAAAUCCCCUCCUCAUUCCGAAAUCAAAGAGAAGAAGCCAGAAAAGAAAAUCCCUGCCUCAGACCCAGCCCCUAAAAAGAGAGAAACCACCAAAUCUACUGCAAAGCAAUCUACAGUAAAUGCAGAAACGUUCCCAUUAGACGAAUCUUCAAUAUCUCUCCGCGUCUCAAACGAAAUAAGUGUCUCUAACGACGUUGUAUUUUAUGAUAAAAAUUCUGGAAGCAACCAAACAUAUGACAAAGAGCAAGCUCGAUGCAACCUUGAUGAAGCUUUCCAUAUGAUACAAGCAGACAAUGGAAAAUCUUCGGAAAUGAGCUCACUCCCCCGUUUAAAUUGGAAUAAAUAUAGUAAAAUUUCCAUUUUUUGUAAAUUAACCCCUCUUUAAAUUGUGACAAAAUAUAGGUAAAGUUUUCCAUUUUUUUGGUAAAUUGCCCCCUUUAAAUUGGAACAAAACUUUUUGUUCCAAUUUAAAGUGGGGGAGUCAGAGCAUUUGACAUUUGGCAAAGACGCGCUAAAUUCGUCAUUUAUUAACUCGAACAGUGAGGUUAGUGAUGAAGGAAAAGAGCAAUUUACAAAGGUGAUUAAGAAUAUCAACUUUAAGGAUCUUUUAGAAGAGGAAGAAAGCAGAAGAAGCAAGGAAGAAGAGUAA